UGCUAACUUGACCGCUGAGACGUUCGUGCGCGUCCUUGACGGUUCUGACCCACGUGGGCUUGUUUAACCAACCCGUCCGAGCCGACUGGAGCCCGUCCGUGUCCGAGGAAGAUGUCGGGUAAAUCUGUGUUGUUUUUCCUCCAGAGAUGCGUCUCAGUCAGACGCCUGACGUUCGCCACAGCAAUCAAAACCAGCAGUUCCGUCCCGCCGGUCCGGUUCGGGUGUAGUUUCCUCCAGCAGCGAACCGGGACCGCCCUCAGAAGCAGCCAGCACUUCUGCACCAAGACGGGAGCUCCCUGUGAGGAUGACUACCCUCCACUGCCGGCGUAUGAUCCCGACUCAGACCCAGAGACCAAGGAGGUGUACAUCGUGCAGGUGAAAGGCCUCCCCUGGUCGUGCAGCACGCAGGACCUCCUGCAGUUCUUCUCAGAGUGCAGGAUUCAUAAUGGGGAGCAGGGAAUCCACCUGACGGUGAACCGGCAGGGGAAGCCGUCUGGACGGGCCUUCAUAGAGCUGGAGAACGAGGAGGACGUCAGCAAAGCUCUGGAGAAGCACCGGCAGUACCUCGGGCCACGUUACGUUGAAGUGUCUGAGGUGACCAACUGCGAUGCUGAAGACAUCCUGAAGAAAGCGGCCCACCGACCAGGAGAUGAGGGGGUGGUGAGGAUCCGAGGAGUCCCCUUCUCCUGCACCGAGGACGACAUCGUCCACUUCUUCUCAGGUCUGGAUGUCGUGCAGGCCGGGGUCACCAUGGUCCGAGAUGCUUCGGGACGGAGUUCUGGAGAAGCCUUCGUCCGGUUUUCUUCUCAAGAAGAAGCUGAUCGAGCUCUGCAGAAGGACAGAGCGAUGAUGGGACACAGAUACAUCGAGGUGUUCCCGAGCAGAAGUGAGGAGAUCCGCUCCGGGAGGAGGAACAGUUUCUCUCAGACCAGCUUCCAGGCAACAAACAGGAGGCCGGCUCCCCAGAACCAGUACAGACCCGUGACUCAUCAGAACCCGGACGCACCGAUCCAUUACAUCCACAUGAGAGGACUCCCUUUCCAGGUGUCAGGAGAAGAGAUCGUGAAGUUCUUCUCUCCUCUGAUCGUGUCCAAGAUCCUGAUUGAAUGUGGACCUAACGGGAGGCCGAGCGGAGAGGCCGACGUCUACUUCAGCUGCCACAGGGAGGCCGUGGCCGCCAUGUCCAGAGACCGCAUGAACAUAGGAAACAGAUACAUCGAGUUGUUCCUGAACUCUGCUCCAGACUGUCCCUGAACCAGGAGUCCCACCAAGAUCCAAGUGAAUGUCAACACAGAAGCCAAAUCAAUAAACAGAUUCUAUUUAUUCUCAAAGAUGAAACAAUAAACAUUCCUGGUGUCAAGAAUCAA